UGUGUGUGGGUGGGGGGUAAAAGCAAUGCAAGUUUUACACCAUUGGUAACUGCUGAACGCGUACAAGAUCUCAUCCACACCGUUGGAUCAUAAACCAACGGCCACAGAUCUAUUCCCUCCUCUGUUCGAUAAACCUGAACAUGAAGCCUGCUAUAUAAAGGGGCUCCAAAUGAGAGAGAGAGAAAGUAUAUGUCAUAUGCAUCAAUAACAACACCAUUUCUUCACUAUUUCGUUUGUAAAUCGAAAAUUAUCAAGAAAUUUCACACGAGAAUUCGAGAUGUUAUACGAACAGAGGAUUUUGAGCUGUUAUUGAGCUUUUUACUCUUCUGGAUUUGAAAUCCAAAGGCGAAUCGAGGAUAUUGUUGAUUUGAAGCGGAUUUAGGUGAAAUGAAAUCGAAUUUGAAGAUGUCUUUGAUGUAAAAUGUUCAUUAAUCGCCUAAAGUUUUCAAGUUUUGAGAAUUUCUGUGUCUAAAACCGUCCAAUUGAAUCAAGAAGAUCGUGAAACAAAGUACAUAAUAAUUUCAUCGCUCUGAGUUUCGUUAAUUCGUCGUUGAAAUCUCGUCGCUGAAAUCUCCAAUUUCGCUCUGAUUUUCGUUAAUUCGUCGUUGAAAUCUUCGACCUCGAGGAACACAACAGAUUGCAGCUUAAAGGAGCAUUAUUAAAUGGAGAAAAAUAACUCAUUGAGAGACAGAUCUAAUACGACGACGUCUUCAUCUUCGGACUUCGUGUUGCAGUGGGGGAACCGGAAACGGUUACGUUGUAUGAAGGUUCAGCAGCAACAGGGUAAGGAUAAAGAGUCAGUGACGGUUUCCGGUACACCGCCGUUAGGUCAAUCGUCAAUUACGGGACGGGUUGACCGGCGGCAUAAUAAGGAAGGGGUUAGUGGUUCUAACGCCGUUAGUAACGGUCACGGGUAUAUUAAUCUCCGGCAACGAUCCGCUUCGCCGGCUCAUCGGGUUCUCAGGAAUUCAGAAACUUCAAAUUCCAUGAAGGGGCAGAGCAACGGUGGCAGAGGCGUUUGUUCACCGGACAGAGGGGGUGCGCACGAUAAGAGAGGUGCACAUCAUAACGGGAAGAAUAAUAAUAACGGUGGUGGGUCGGCGUCGUCGGAAACGGCGCAUGAUAGCAAAAAAGGGGCAUCGCCGGUGAAUGAAGCGGCUCCGAUCGUGUGGCCGCCGAAAUUCGUGAUCGGACUGACGAAUAAGGAGAAGGAAGAAGAUUUUUUGGCGAUUAAAGGAUCUAAACUUCCUCAAAGACCCAAAAAAAGAGCAAAGUUCAUCCAACGAACCAUUAACUCGGUUAUCCCCGGUGGGUGGUUGUGUGAUCUUACGUUGGAACGGUACGAAGUUAGAGAGAAAAAGAUCACAAAAAAGAGACCGAGAGGAUUAAAGGCUAUGGGAAGCAUGGAGUCUGAGUCGGAAUAAAGGUUUUGUGUUUGUAUAAUUUACAGAACUCGAAACAAAUGUCUUGUAGUUUAAUUUUGUACGAUGAUGUUAUCUUUAGACAUUUGUUUGUUUUUAAGUUGAGGAGGAUAAGGAGAAAUAUUGAGGUAUGUAUUUAGUAUUUUCGUCAAUUUUCUCCACUUAAAAUCAGCAUGUAGCGUCCUUGUAUACUAACCAAAGUGUUAAAUGUUCAUUUGUCUUGGUUUGACUCGUGAUUUAUUAUUAUUAUUUUUAAUU